AUGGUUCCUUUAUUUCUAUAUCUGAACCGCUAUCGUAUCUGGACGAAAUUUGCCCAGGUUACCCAAGAAGUAAUUAUGGACACCCAAGUGACCACUGUUGUUAUGGAAUUGGGUGUACGGCUAAUGACAAUGUGCCUACCUUCGGCCCACAUAACAAAGGUCGUGGACCAUUUACAAGAAUGGAAACUUUUUGUCGCCCAAGUAUCGCUACCGCUCAUCAUUGCUACACCAUUGUACUGUAUUUUCAAUUUUCAGUAUGGUGUUAAGGGUACGAACGUCCCAGUACUUCUUAGUGCUCCUGAUGUUCGCUAUGAUGCGUCCACCUUCAUCAUCGGGCUAGUUUAUGGAGUGACGGCUGUGGUCCUCUGUCUGGGUGGUUAUGUUUAUAUGUUCGAUACGAUUCGGAGGAAAGGGUUUGUGAAAGAUUGUUCGCAGCUCCCCCAUACUUUUGCGAGAAUUUUUUUAACUCGAGGUGAGGGUCGAAGUUAUCAGUUGACCGUAGCAAAUACUGCAGCAUCACUAGCCUCUGCACCACCCCCAUCAGCGGAUCGGUUUGGAACAGUCAUUUGA